AUGGUCAUUACCUCUCUUCGUGUGCGACGGAACAGAUUGCCCAUUGUCUCAAGUCUGCCUCCCGAGCUGUUAGCACGAAUAUUCUGUUUCUCAGCAGCAAUCGAUACACCUUCGUCUCGAGCCUUGGGAUGGAUAAGGGUAACUCAUGUCUGCAAUCAGUGGAGGCAGGUUGCUUUGGACCAUCCGGCACUUUGGGCGAAUGUCAGCCUCGAGAUUGGCUCUCGAUGGUCUGAGGAGAUGAUUCAACGUGCAAAGCUAGCACCGUUAAUCAUCCAAUCGAACGAGGUUGUCAGUGAGACGGUUGUGGGAAUUCUGCACUCCCAUCUAGCUCGCACAGCGGAACUCCAUUUGUUCGGCUGCAAAAGAGAUCUCGUUCACAUUGCGGGAACACUUACAACCUCGGCACCAUUAAUGGAAAAGGUGGUGAUUUUUUCUCUGGAUGAGCGAUGUGUGCACCUCCCUGUUGAUCUAUUCGGUCAUCAUGCCCCACUCCUUCGCUCAGCGUUCUUCCAUGGAUGCAGCAUUCCUUGGUCCUCUCCGCUGCUGCGCAAUCUGUCCUAUUUGGACAUCACACUUCCACCAUUGCAGCAGUCCAACAUGGACGUGGCCCCUUAUCUUCCCUCGCAUGAAGAGUUCUUCGAUCUACUGGCAAAUAUGCAUCAACUGGAAUCUUUAUCCAUCGAGGAAUACUUCCCUCGGUACCUCCCGGAGGCGACUGCGUCCAGUCGAAUGAGACAUCCCGUCAUCAAACUACCUCACCUAUCGGCCCUCAAGCUGGUCGGUCAAUGGUCUGAUUGUGCCCUUGUUCUCGGAAGCAUUGAAGUUCCCGCAACAUCGAGAAUCAUUCUUGACUGCCGUGAUUUGGAUAGCGAUCGUUUCAACAGCAUGCUUCUCCCGAUCCUUGCGCGACACAGCGGCAAGACAGGAGAUACGUUGCCCAUGCGCACCCUUCUUAUGAAUAUCCAUGAUUAUGGAAGCGACUCAGUCAUCAACAUUGUAGGGUGGACCACAUCCGAUGUUGUUGAUUUAGCAAAACUGUGGUGGAAUGAUACAGCAUCUGACAUUGGCCUCUUGUUCCAAAUUCAUCUGCGCUACUCCUCGCCAUACAAUCUGGAAGGCCAAGAGAGCCUCGAUGUGAUCCUGCAAGCUCUUCACAUCCAGGAAAUGUCAAUAUUGUUUUUCCGACUUCAGACGCAGGUCCCGGAAGGCUACCUCUCGAUUUUUGAUCAGCUGGAAUCAGCUCAGCGCUUGGAGCACGUAGCUUGCGAAGCUGACGCUUGCUCCGUUUUCUCCACCGCGCUCGUACACACGUCAGAGAGCAGGCCUGUCAACACUCGUAGUCAGGCGGUUCUUUUCCCCCGACUUCGAUAUGUCAAGCUGUCGGCUAACCUUUUAGACAUUGGAAGGGAACCUCGCAAUCACUUCGAUUCGAUUGGCCAGGUGAUUCCCGUGGAUGAGCUGGUGGAGAUUCCCAAACGGCGUGAAGCGCUGGGAGUUCCUUUGGAGUGCCUGGAAAUCAAAAUGUAUCCAGACGCAAUACAUCUGGAAUACCUAGAUCAAAUCAGAGCAGCUGCUAAGAACACCGUGAUUAAAGUGGUGGACUGGUACUGA